AUGAUUAAUUCACCGGGAAUUCGUGAUCUUCGCCGUAAGGAACGAAUCAAACUAGGAAUCGAAAUUGCCGGAUUUUGGUUACUGGGUCUGUGCAAUAAUUUUGGUUACGUUGUAAUGUUAAGUGCUGCUCAUGAUAUUUUAAAAGAGGAAGGACAUGAAAAUUCAACUGAUCCUUCUCCACACAAUAUAACCAAUCGUUUUGAUUGUAACCAUGUUUCUGCCGGAGCAGUCCUGCUCGCAGAUAUCUUGCCGGCAUUGGCAAUUAAAGUAACAGCUCCAUUCUUUAUGCAUAAAAUCAUCUACAAUAUUCGUUUUGCCUUCAUCGUCUUAUUUGCAGCGGGUUCGUUGCUUAUUGUUGGUACAUCGAAUGUUAUUGCUCUAAGUCUAUUUGGUGUGGCGUGUGCAAGCAUUAGUUCUGGAUUUGGUGAAAUUACUAUCUUGCAGUUAUCGUCAUUCUAUUCGAUACACACAGUUAGUGCGUGGUCAAGUGGAACAGGUGCAGCUGGUCUACUUGGUUCACUUUCCUAUGCAUUGCUAACGGGUCCGAUUAAUUUAAAACCCAAAACUGCAAUAUUGGUUCUACUUUUUAUACCGGUUAUUCAGCUUAUUAGUUAUUUCAUGGUUGGAGCGAGUACGGCUGCGUCGAAACAGCAACAGUAUCAACAAAUAGUUGAUCAUCCUAAGGACGAAACGACUGACGACGACGGUGAUAAACCUGCCAGGGACGAAGUUGCCGUACUAGGAAAUCGACCAAGUCGACUUCAAUUAAUAAAACCUUUGAUCAAAUAUAUAAUUCCAUUGACUCUAGUCUAUUUUGCUGAGUAUUUAAUCAAUCAAGGAUUAUAUGAAUUAAUUUUUUUCCGUGGAAUAUUCUUAUCACAUGCAUCUCAGUACCGUUGGUAUUCAGGUAUAUAUCAAAUAGGUGUUUUUAUUUCACGUACAUCCGUGAUCUUCUUUCGAAUUCAUUAUCUAUGGUUGUUACCGAUCAUUCAAUUUAUCAACAUGGGCCUAUUUUUUGCUUGUGUAUAUCGGACAGAAUAUAUUCCAAGUAUAUGGCUAGUGUUUGGUUUGAUUCUAUUCGAAGGUUUAAUUGGCGGUGGUGCUUAUGUGAACACUUUUUAUAAGAUAUCGCAAGAGAUCCCAAAACAAGAUCGUGAGUUUUCCAUGGGUGUGGCCUCAGUCGGUGAUUCAUUUGGAAUAACAUUCGCUGGUUUAUUAGCAAUUCCAAUUCACAACGCAAUUUGUCAAUGA